AUGCGUCCACCCAAGCAGGCGACCAAGCACCAACAGAUAGCGUACGCGCAUCAUGACUCGAGAACGCCCAGCGACGAAGUUCUGUUUGCGAUUGAUGUGGAGCCAGCGACAACAGCCUUACUGGAUUUGAUUGUAGCAAUACGACAAAAGUUAGGCUACAAGGCUGGAAAGUAUCCAAACAAGCCCUACCACAAAGGAAGAACAGCGAGAGUGGAACGCCACAUUCAGAACCUCAGGAGACAAAGCCUCACGAUGAUUGAAAUGGUCGAGGAUCGGAUUGGGGAAAAGAUUCCUGAAGAUCAUGCUUUACGAGCGUGGGCAAUUCACCACGCAGCAUGGUUGUUCAACAGGUACCACCUACACUCAGGGACGCAGAGUACAGCUUUCCAAUUGGUCUACGGGAGACCAUACCAAGGGCAGAUUUUACCCUUCGGAGAGUAUGUGUUUGGUCUGAAAAUAACGCCGCGCAUGCUCAUUGCCGAAGCAGUCGACAGAAUCAACAUCGCGCCUGCCCGUCGCAUGGUGACGACUGAGGGCCCACGCGGGCCAAGCACUACGCACAGCAAUCCGGAGCUUGCCAGCAACAACAUUACGAGCGACGAGGUUCAACCUUUCACCUGUCUCGUGCAUGAUGAACGCACACGGUUGCUGAGGUGCACCUUGGUGGACGAAGCGCGCGUCAGCCUUGUCAGCAUUUCGCCGUGCGUCGCCUUCGUCUGGCAUUUUUCGCAACUCUUCGGGCACUUUGCGACGUUCUGUGGUCUGGACGCCAGUCGCUGCAUCUUCAGCUACAGUGGCUAG